AUGGCCAUUCCAGAGCAAAGACAUCGAGAAGAUCGUCCAAGACCUCGGUCAAUAUACAAGACAAUUCUUUUAGCUCUUCAAGUGGAUCAAACAAAUAUCCUGCUUGAUAUCGACCAGAAAAUAGUACUCGACCGACUCCCUAUUGCCGUGGGAGCCUCCUUCGACUCCCGUGCCGAAGAACAGAACUCAAUCUGCUUGUCAAAUACUCGAGUCGAACUCCUCGAUCAAAUAAUGGAGUGGGCUAAGAAUUCGCACACUGAGCCGAUUUUCUGGCUGAAUGCGGAAUCUCUUGUUAUAGUUAUCGAUGCCCUAGAUGAGUGCGAUCCAGAGGAUGAAGUCAAACUUAUUAUUCACCAGUUUGGCCGUACUAAAAGCUUAGGGUUAAAAGUCUUCGUCACUAGCCGACCAGAGCUUCCAAUUCGUCUCGGCUUUUCUGAGAUUAAGGGCGAAUAUCAGGACUUUAUUCUACAUGAAAUAUCCGAGCCUGUAAUCAAGCACGACUUAUCAGUUUUCCUAAAGCAUGAGUUAGGAAGAAUCCGAGAUCAGUAUAAUAAAACAGCGCACGAACACCGACAACUAGACAAAGACUGGCCUUGUCAAUCUAGUAUUGAUGAUCUGGUGAAGAUGGCAAUACCGCUCUUUAUUUUUGCUGCUACUGUGUGUCGCUUUCUCGCUGAUCGCAAAUGCGGAAAUCCUGGCGAACGACUUCGCGAAGUUCUUAACUAUCGGACGAAAAGCCAAGAGGAUAAACUUGACGCAACUUACUUGCCUGUUCUUAAUCAAAUGAUCGCUGGACGUUCCCCACGGGAUCAGAAGAAAAUUCUGCAACAAUUUCGAGAUACUGUUGGCUCAAUCGUGCUACUCGCAAGUCCUUUGUCAACGUCUGCUCUAGCAGAGCUCCUUGACAUUCCUCAACCCGCUAUUGAUGUCACAUUAGAUGAGAUUCAUUCAGUCCUAAGCAUCCCGCAAUCAGCUGAGUCUCCAGUGAAGUUGCUACAUCUCUCCUUCCGUGACUUUCUAGUGGAUCCCGGGAAGCAAGGACAGAACUUGUUCUGGAUUGAUGAAUCACAAAGUCACGCGAGAAUAGCGGAUAACUGUCUGCGAAUUAUGAAGAAAUAUCUUCGGCAAGAUAUGUGUGAUCUACGACCAUUAGGCCUGGAAGGCUCUAUCAUUAACAGCCAAAAGGUGGUUAAACAUAUUCCUGCUGCAGUCAAGUACGCCUGCCGAAAUUGGGUAUAUCACCUCCAAGGUGCAGGAAAUCAAGUUAGCAAUUACAGAGAAGUUUUUUCAAUUCCUAAAGCAGCAUGCACCAGAAAGCAUUAA